AUGGAGAUGGCCUUGUCUCAGUGGCUUCCAUCUACCUCAGAGAUCUCUCCAGUCUCGCAUCCUGACCUUGUGGGUCAACAUAUAGAGAAUAUCUCCUCUUCACAUGGUAAAGGAAAGAAGACUAAAUCAGAGUUUGAAUCAAAAGUUUCAGCAACUGAGAAAAGUGCAGAUGAGCAGAAAUCUGCUUUGAAUGCUUCAGAUAACUUAAAACGGGAGAACGAUUAUAAAGUAGGAGAAGUUGACCCAAAGGAUCCAGGAGACAUUCCAACAUUUGAUGAAUGGAAGAAGCAAGUUAUGGAAGCAGAAAAAGAAGAGAGUCAGUCAAUGCACCCAUCUUCUAAUGGUGGACAGCAUUCCACAAAAAAGGUCCAGAAAAACAGAAAUAAUUAUGCCUCAGUAGAGUGUGGUGCAAAAAUACUUGCAGCAAAUCCAGAAGCAAAGAGUACAUCAGCUAUUCUAAUGGAAAACAUGGAUCUCUACAUGCUGAAUCCAUGUAGUACUAAAAUCUGGUUUGUUAUUGAGCUCUGUGAACCAAUUCAAGUAAAGCAACUUGACAUUGCAAAUCAUGAAUUAUUCUCCUCUACUCCUAAAGAUUUUCUGGUAUCCAUUAGUGACAGGUACCCAACGAGUAAGUGGACUGGGAGCCUCACUUCAAGAGGGAU